AUGGGGAUACCAGUCAGAUUAGAACUUCAUCGUCCAUCCGCCAUUCCUAAUACACCUCCUGGCCUGGUCAGCCCAAGCUCAUCGACUCUCACACCUAAGAUUCUUGAAGAACCAUCUUGGACUCCUCCUGCGCCUAUUUCUCCUCCCAUGUCUAACUAUGAUCCGAGCACCCGACCAGAUAUGCCGGCUACCAGAGAUUUUGAGGAAAACCAGAUGCGAAGAGAUCUUAAUGGUGCACCUCGACAGCAACUCCCACCUUUAAUUAGCUUAUUCGGCCCUCCUAACCACCAUGUCCGCCCAACACUCUCUCCUCUCCCGGAUCGACCAAGCCCGCUUCACAGUGCACACUCUCCUUUGGAUAGGCCACACUCAAGGAGUUCCUCUUAUUUUCCAAACGUAUCUCCUUCCUUGAGCCAGCCUCGCAGCGUCUAUGAGCCGAGGCCGGAAACGGAGCGGCCAACACUCCCCUCAGUUGCUUCUCAGUUUCCUGGACCGCUAAGGUCUCCUACGCACGAGUAUGGACAUUUGCAUCGUGCAACGCAAGCCGAGCCUGUUCCGUCUGGAAGGUGGGCGGAUUCAAGGCGGGAGUAUGUGUUCGAGUCCCGGCCACCAAGUCCCCCUUACAGGCCGGUAAGCGAGCGUAUGCCACUCCCUCCUCUAACUCAGCGAUUUGGCUAUGAAUCAAGUCCAAUAUUCAAGAGGGAAAGUCAAAUGCGUCUAGAUCCGGCAAGUCGCUCGCCGACUCUAGCGAGCGUAGUUGCACCUGAAGGUGCGCCGGUAAAGGACGGGCUAGGACCUAAGAUAUGGACGGGAACACACUUUUUGCCUCGAUUUGUGAAGCAGGCUGAGGUCCCAGGAGAGGGACUGUGCUAUUUCUAUGAUGAUGGAACUCACUGCAAGACGGUCAUUGACGGAGAGCCGGUUAAUGCCCACUGGGGAGUUACGAAGGCUGGGAAACCGAGGAAACGACUUGCGAUAGCUUGUCUCACGUGUCGGGAGAAGAAGAUCAAGUGUGACCCUGAUUAUCCUCGAUGUGUUCAAUGUGAAAAAUUCGGCAGGGUUUGCAAGUUUAAGAACGCUCCUCGUGGUGGUCACAAUACGUCUCCGGUGGCUUCAUCGGCUGAGCACGAACUAUCUAGGUCGCUUGGAUCGCACUCAGGCGCAAUAGAUUUCGGAAGACCUAGGAGCGCCUCAAGUACGUCAGUCUCGCCGCGUACCACGAAAAUGAGCCAUCCGUCUCCCGAACUAUACCCUGGCUUAUCCUCUAAGAGGAUGAGGUUUUCGUAUGACGACUAUCCGCGACAACCACCGCCCCCAACAAGUCGUCCUCCCCCAAUGAUCCCUAUCUCCGAGAUCAAACGGGCGCCUAAUGGCAGUAUGCCAUCCUGGCAGCAUCACGAUUUACCUCGCGAUAUCCUUUGUCGACCAUGGCAAACAGACUCGUAUGUAUAUGCCCUCUAA